AUGUCUUCUUCUCUGGUCAUUUUCUUCUCUUUCUUGGCUCUGACUGCUGUGGCCAAAGACGUCGAGCUUCCCAGAUUCACCAUUGAUCUUGACCAGCCACCAGAAGAAAGAUGGACGGAGAUUGCUACCCAGUAUACAAAAGAGCUGAAAGAAACAGUGGAAUUUUUUGCUAAAACUUACGACGAAUUAUACGCCAUGCUCAGUAUACUUGGUGGAGACGUAGAUAAGUAUAUACCAGAUCCUUAUGCUGGGGAAAUAAAAGGAAUAGCCUCCACUACUGGGGUUACUGCUGGAGAGAUCCUCUUUAUUAACAUUAUUUAUGGACUGACAGCAUUUGGUGAUAAAAGCUCCUCGAGCAAGUCUCUGCUAGGCUGCACGAGUAUCGUGAGCCAAACAGAAUCAGGGAAUAUUCUACACGGAAGGAAUCUUGAUUAUGGUAUUAGCCUCCUACGUAAUAUAGCAAUUAUUGUUGAUUUCCAAGUGUCAGAAGUGACUACAUUCACUGCCACUACUUUUGCUGGUUAUGUCGGAGUCCUUACUGGGCAGAAA